UCAACAAACUGAUGCAUCAACACCAAACCUAACGAACUGUCGUAUAGUUGUUGUGCUCGUUUGACAGAGUGUUGACGUGUUGUUUCAAACACGUACAGUUUUAGUGGGAGUAUACCGCGCUAACUUUAGCUAACCUGCCUGCUAACGUUAGCUGACAGGUACAGAAACACACGGACGAGCUAAUGAACCUUCACAGACAUGGAGCUGGAUAUUCGACAGUAUCUCAGCCAGGCAGAGGAGCAGCAAGACUCUGGAGCUCUGCAGUCGGCCUACCGUCUUAUCAGGGACGCGACAGCAGCUGGAGCCAGCGGACACACUCCACGCAUCGCCCCGGAGUUGUGCGUGGUUUGUGCGGAGGUUUCUCUACAGCUGGGUUGUUUGGAGAUAAGCACAGCGUGUCUAAAGAUGUACUUUGAAGAGAAUCCGCCUGCUAAUCAAUUUCUGUGUCGAGCUUACCUCUGCCAGGGCCAGCUGAAGUCUCCGCCGACCACUGGGAGCUUGGAAGACUUUGAGGAGGCUGUGGCAUAUUUUCUUAAAGCAAUUGAAAUUUCAAAGCACGAACCAAGAUUCCACUUCAUGGUGUUCAAUGCUUCAGUGCUGUAUUUCCAGACAGUGUACCCUCUCCUGCAGCCAGGGCGGUGCCACCACCUGGUUCCCUCGCUUAGGCAGGUGGUGCAAAGUCUGGAGGAGGUGGCGGACCAAGACUGCAGCUGGAGGGCUGAACUCAUGAUGCACCUGAUUAAAUGUCUGGUCGACUCAGGGAAAGUAGAGGAGGCUGCAGAUCUUGCCAAAACUACAGAAGAAUUGAUCAAGUCUCAAGCCCCACAUCUUUAUCCAAGACUCUUUAUGUUAAUGGUUCAACACAAACUGACAGAGGGUGAUGUCAUCAGUGAGAUGAGCAGGAAGGAUAUCAACUUAGCAGUCAUUUACAAAUUACAAGAAUUUAAAAACAGAUUGAAAGAAAUAAAUGAUGACAAGCUGACGAACGAGGAUUCUGUCGAGCUUGAGGAGAUUUUCCGUCUCCUGGCUGAUUGUACGAAAGCAUCCUCUGCGCCCAAGAACCUCAGUGCUCUUCAGAGCGCAAUCCCCAUCCAACCAGCUGACAGAGUUGCCUACCUCCUGGAGUUGGCUCUGCUGGCCUUGCAAGUGAAGCAUCAGAAAGUAGCUGCCGACUGUUUGAAAGAGCUGAAGUCGGCGAGAGAGGCUAGUGUUGGCCAACGCGUAAUAAUGGAAUGUAUCAACAGUGAAAUCAACCUCCUAAAGAAAAAGGCGAAGAUAAAUGACUAUUCCAAAGCCAACAUGGAGGCCUGGCUGAAGGAGAUAGACAGGCUGGAUCAGUUGCUGCAGAGUGCAGUGAGAGAGGGCUACGCUCAGGCUGUGCAGGUGGUUUGCACGACCCUGUGGAGAUUUUGCCUGCCCCUCCUGCAGCACAAUCUCAGGAAACACAUCAGAACACCACUGCUCAAUAUCGCCCGAGUACUGGAAGACACACAAAGUUCAUUGCUGGAGAUGCGCUGCCAAGUCCACUCAGAGCUUGCUGUGAUAGAAGAGGAGGAGGGACGCCUUGAGGCCUCUUUGACUCACCUUCAGAAAACCAUUAUGCUGGAUAACGGGACCCAAAGUCAACGCCUGUCGUCGGCUUUGCACCGCACAGGGACACUCAACCAAACACCCUCCCAGACCGAGGAUAAAGCCGCUAAGCUUCUGCAGCAGGCCAGGUACAAGCAACCCCAAGAUAAGACAAAGAUUCGUCCCAUUCUGGUUGCUGUUGGUUUCCUUUUGGGCAAUGAUGAUUUCCACAUUGUGCUGGGCGGAGAGAACUUCUCAAAAAUUCCUGUCAGCAGUCUUGCAUCAGGACCAGCGGCUCAGCUUUCUGCUAAGGCUCAGCAUCACUCUGCAUGUUUACAGAAGGUGGAUGGAUACCUGGCCAGACAAGCUGGUGACACUGGCAGCAUAGAGAGGAUGAAGCUGUGGGCAACACUGGUGAAGACAGCCAGGAAAGAGGACAUUUGGGAUGUCUGCCGAGCUGCUUGUCGAUUCUGUUUGCUUUAUGAUGAUGGGAGAUGGAAGAAUUCCAAGGCUGACAACUGCAGAUGCUCGGAGGAGGAGAGCUGUGCAGAAUCUGGUCACGGUUGCAGUGAAAGCCAAAACUCUGAGAAGGACUACUUGCGGCUUUUAGCUGAAAUCUGCUUCAUCAGUGCUGAGGCCACCGUCCAAAAGCUGUUAACUGAGGGUGUGCAGCUCAACAGCCCAGCUGUUCCCCCAAAGGAAAGAGGGGUUUAUGUGUCUGAAGAGGACCCAGACUGGGUUAUUUACAGAGACUGGAUCCAGGCUCUGUCCACCGACGCCACCUUUAACUUCUUACGGGCAGCAGAGAUCGGAUCGGCCAUCGGGGAAUCGUGGGUGGUUGCUAAUGCGGCCGUUUACCUGUGGAACUACAGCAGACACUUGCUGGCCUCUGGAGAGUACCAGCACCUGCUUCCCUCCUUCCAGAAUCUGGUGGAGAUGCUCCAAAAGAUGGAGUUGCUUGGGAAUCGUUCCCUGGUUGUGCUUCUGUGUAAUGCUGUGGCCCGGGGCUUGAUCCAGCCUCUGUGUGGACCAGACAGUGUCGUGCCAACCUUGCCAGGUGACAAGGGCAAGAACAAAGCUGAGAAGGGCAUGGAGAAGGCAGCUUCUGUUCCUGGGGUUCUUUCAGAUCCUGCUGCCCUGCAGGAUGUCCACAAGGCAUUGGAGCUGUGUGACUACGCCCUUGACAUAUCCACCUGCAACAUCCCAGGAGAGACGGUUCCCAUUGCAGCAAGGAAACAGGUGGUGGCCACAUGGGUGCAGAUCAAGUGGUUGCUGCAACAGCAGAUUAGUAUAAAGGUUGAUGACAAAGAUCAGUGUGUGAAUGAAGGAGUGUCGGCGAUGACGCGCGUGCUGGUCGGAGUGGAGAUGCUCCAGUGCAAUAGGAACCCAGGGCAUAUGGAGUUCUCCGUUCCCAGUCUCCAAACACUGGUGAGCAUGGCGUCAGAAUGCAGCUGGACGGACGCUGUGGUUGAGUUGCAGGUGUGGUGCCAGCUGGCUGCCGUCUGUCACUAUGCCAAGGACCACAGCUUGGUGUUGUGCUGCACCAAGAGCGCUCUGCGGCUGGAGGAAGCCGCAGCAAAGGGCAUCAACACUAUGCCCUGUGCUCUUUAUGACCUGACUUCAGUGAAUGAGAUGCUGAGCACUGCAGCCUGUUUGAGGGGUCUGAGUUUAGUCCAUGAGUCCAAUGGAGAUCUACGCACUUACAGAGACGCCAUGAAGGGGCUUCUUUCCAGUGUCAGCUUUGCAGAGAAGGCUGAGAAUCCAACAUUGUGUGUCACAGUCGCCAAACAUUACUGGAACUCUUGCGUCCCCCUGUCACAGACUCCUGAAGAAAGACAGCAACUCCAGGAUCCCUUGGAGGAGAUCCUGAAUGCUCUGGUCCAUACCUCCACCAAACAUGCAAAAAAACAGGUCGUAAUGAAAGGCAUGCUCACCUUGACAACACGGCCUCCUGGGAGAUCUAAACAUGAAGGAAUAGAUGAAGAGGACCUAACCCUGAGAGCAGCCAUUUACGGUUUGUUGCUCCACAUCCAUGCUGAUAAACGUGACUGGAAAAGUGCUCUGCAGCUGCUGGACAAAGCUAAAAGAGACAUGCCUCACACCAAACAGAGACUACCUCUGCUGAAAAGUUGCAUACUGGUGAAAGCACGACUUGGGAAAAGUGUUGUGGUGGACAUGCAGAAGCUUCAAGAUGAAGGAGAGCAGUGCCAUUCAUUUAUGUGGCAUCAGGUGGCACUGUGUGCUGGCAAUAUAACCCAGCAGCUGACCUGCUACCAGAAAUCCAUCGCUUGUCUGCUGAGCUCAGAGACUCAGUGGCAGAAGGUCAACCUUUUACUCGAGUUUGGAGAGUGGCUGUACUGUCACAACUUUCCCAAAGCCAAUGCCCAACACCAGGUUGAGUGGGCCAUAGAUAUCCUGCUACACCUGGAACCCGAACAGGCAGAAGGAGCAGACAACAAGUCCAAAACAAAGGCUCUGAGUAAAGUGGAACAUGAGCCUCUGUUUGAAGUCGAGGGCCCAUUCACGCAAAAUCUGUCCAAUCUGAAGGAAGUGCGACGGCUGGACGGUUUGGUGAAAGCACACACUCUGCUUGCUGUCAUGACAGACAGGACAUCACCUGAGCACCAGCUUAACCUGCUCAGAGCCUACACCUUUGUGAUUCAGAUAUGGAAGGUUUCCAUGGCUGUGGUUUCUGAGAUUUCCAGUGAUAUGGCAAAGAGUCAGCCACACCAGCCUUCUCCCUCUAUUGGAUCCAAAAAGGGCAAAGACAAGGGCAAGAGCAAGACAGAUGUAAAAGAAAAUACCCCUGCAGAAGAAAAACCUAAACCUGUCGUCCUGGAUCAGGCACUUCCUUCCUCGCCAAAGGACUGGGCUCGCUACAUCUGUCUGGACCAGGCCAGGCAGAUAUUCAGAACCAACAGUAGCCCGCACUGUAUCAAUGCACACUGCAUCACAAAGCAGACUCAAAGCUUGUUUUAUCUCAACCUGCUGGAAAAAGAGCUUCACUCACUCUCACUCGAUCACAUGACGCUGCCCAUACUGCAUCUAUCUGAGAUCAUAGCUCAUGACCUUCUGGAUAAGAGGAGCCUUUCCGAUGCUUACCGACUCAGAAUUCUGAGGAUGUGUUGCCAGCUGGGUUUUGAGACACAUUCACCAUAUUGGGAGAAGCUCCCAGAGUUGUGCAGAAUCCAGGAAAAAGAGCAGAUAGAGUGCCACAAAAUGAUUGCUGUCUCAAAAGAGAGGAAAGUCCAUUUCAAAGCUCAUUAUCAGAAAGCUACGAUGGAUGAAAACAUCAGUCCUGGACAGCAGAGAAUGAACAUGUGUGCUCAGGACAUUUGGCUGGACAAAGCUGAGGUUCUUCUCAACAUGGGGCUCUAUCAACCAGCCCGACAGCUCCUGGCAGGGGCUCACUCAAUGGCAAGCGAGUUUGGGGAUCAGAAAGCAAUGGCAAGAAGUUUGCUCAGUCUGGCCUCUUUGGCUUGUGAAGAGCAGAACCAUGCCCAAGCUCUGAUCCUGCUGGACAAAGCCCAAGUCCUCGGUGGGGAUGAAGAGUUCUGGUACCAACUCACCCUCAACAAGAUUAGAGCUGUAGUAGGGCAGAAACACCAGGAUGCACAAACCAAGGUUGAUCAGAUAAUAAAUCAAAGCUGUGGAGCUCUGAAGCAGGUCUUGGAUCAGCAGGUUAACAGAGUGUCAGCGCUCACAUUCUUAAUCACUUCAUUAGAGAUGAGAGGUGCCAUGGAAUGUAUACGUGCUUUUGGUGGUGAGCCUGGGGAGACGCCCUGCAGCAAGGCUGUCCAGAUGCUCAUGACUGCCUGUGAUACACUCAGAGAGAGUGCCAGGAGUUUCACUAAACUCAACUAUAGAAAACAGGCUGCAGAGGCACAUGCAGAGUACGCACAUGGUGUGAGAAUUUUAGCUGACCAUACAACAGAUAAAGAGGAGAAACAGCUCCUCCUGCUCAAUGGUCUCUCUCAAAUGGAGCUAGCUGUCACAGUGCAGGAACAUGUGGUGCUGAAUGCUCAGAGCCUGCUCCCCCCACAGGAAGAGACUCAUGGAAUUCGGCUGGCAGCUAUGCAGAGGCUGCUGCACCUGCGGCUGGUCCUGGCAGAGUUUUGUCUGGCCGUGCUGGAGGAGCACUGUGCUGAGAAGAAAUGCCAAGCUCUGUCUCGUGAGAGAAAGACGUCUGCUGAGAUCGCACUGGAGGAGUACACACGCUUGACACCUGAGCCGGGGUCUGUAGAACAGCAAUGGGUGAAUGCGGGCAACUCUCUGGGGCAGGUGGCUCUGGGCCAGCUGGCUGCAAUCAGCUCUCACUCCUCGGACAACGCAAAGACCAGAGCUCGCUACCUGAGUCUGAUGGGAAAGUACCUGAGACUGCUGGCUGUGCAGGAGGACCCUCUUUAUCUGUGUGCUCUCUGGGACAAACACAAGCAUGAGGAGGCCUGGUCUGACCCGAAAACCAUUUCUGUCGAGGAGGAGUAUUCAGAGAAAGAGAAAGACAGAGAAUCAAGCAGAAGGGAGCAAAGGAAGAUCUCUGCCAAAAGUGCUGAGCAGCAGCGGAGAAGGCAAAAAGCCCAGCAGCUGUUGGCACAGGCCACUAAAGCACUCACUGAAGCCAUCAGCCUGUGUCUCCAACAUAACCUGCCAUCUUCCAUCCUGGCUGAUGCCUCUCUCAACAUGUUGAAGUGUCACGGCCAAUCUGAACCUGCAGUGACGGGUCAAUAUCUUGCCCUGUUUCAGAGCUGCUCCGCGGUUGCUGUGAUAGCUGAAGUCCUGAAUUCUGCCUGCACUGACACUAGCGUGUCCCAGCUCUCAGCUCUGCUCAACCUCCGCAGGAACCUGCUCGGCUCUCAGGAGGAGAGGCCCAGCAGCAUGCUGAAGGGAGCAGAGGACUCCCUUAACAGCCUCUCCAAGGCCUUCGGACAUCUGACCAUUAAUCCCGACCACCUAAACAUCCUCGCAGAGCUCCCAUCCAACCUGAAAAUCCUGCUGCUUCAGCUCUCUGAAGAUUGGUCCGAACUUUAUGGGGCUUUCUAUGAGAUGACCAAAGCUCCAGAAAAUCAAAAAGGAAAGAGGACACACUUUACAGGUAACCUGGCGUGUUCUAGAGUGGCAAAGGUUUCAGUCAGCCCACAGGCUCUGCUGGCACUGAGGGAGCAGGUUCGGCCCUUAGGUCAGGAGACGACACAUGCCCUCCUGAAGGAAGCCUGUUGGCACGCUGCUGAGGGCAGAUGGGAGGCCUCUGAGAAGCAUCACCUCAUUCCUCUGAAAACUGCUAGUGACGAAAAGUUGGCACCUCACUUCUGCAAAGUUUUACAAGAUAUGGAGGAUUAUUUGAAACCACUGCUCGCACAGUUUGAUUCUUGUUUAAGGCUCCAGGAUGCAUCAGUGCCUUCAUGUCUUGAAACGAACCAAUCCAAAGAUAAAGACGAAAAGAGGAGCUCAGAUGCAGCUAAACUACCGACAGAAUCAGGGGAGUGCGUGGUGUUGCUGGCCGACAGUAAGUUGCUGGAGUUGCCACUGGAAUCCUUGUCCAUCCUGCAGGAGGAAGGCUUGAGCUCUGUGUCACGAGGCUUUUCCCUGCAGCUUCUCCACAGUCGACUGAACAGAGAAGAACAAGAGAAAGGAGUGAAUUCCAGUAAAUUAACCCCGGCAACAUCAUCGGACACUCAGAAACACAGAGUGAAGCAGAGUCAGAGAGCAUCCACGACUCGUACAAAUUCCUUGGUGGGUGGCACCAACGUCAAGAUACCUGCCAAUCAGGCCUCACCUUCAGACACCUUCCCUGUCGACACACGCAACUUGAAAUAUGGGACCAGUCUGAGCACAAGGAUGAAGGACAUAUUGGAAACCCACAGCAAGAAUUUCACCCAUCUGUGGGAGGGCUUCAUGGGCAGCAAGCAAACGCCCAGUCUGUCUGAGAUGGAGCAGCUGCUGUGCAAGAGCAGUGCCUUCAUUUACCUCGGAAAGGAGCGCUUCAUGGCGAACAUUCCACCUGCCAAACUAGCAGCCCUCAAUCUAUCUGGUACUGUACACAUGUGCACUGCAUUUCUCUAUGAGAGGACCUGA